UGUAAUGUUACAGAGAGGGAGUGUGUGAUAUGGAGGUAUACUUUGUCACUAUCAGCUACUUGCACAUGUGUCUUAAGUGCGUGUGUCUAUCUCUCUCCACCAACAGCGCUUCAAACCUCCGUCACAUCAAAACGUCUUUAACACACAGCGAAGUGUAACUAUCUUUACUUUGGGUACACAGUCCUAUUAAUGUUUUUCUUCAAGGAUGUUUGCUUCUGUCCUUCUGAUCACACUGGGGCUGUGCUACUGUAGCCAGGAGAGCAUUCAGUCAUUUUUGGGGCGUCCACAACUGUUCAGCCCCCCCGAGGCUCUGCUGAGAAGUGUUGUAGAUAUUGAAUGUAAACUUAACAACUACCCCAAAAAUGAAUCCAUCCUGCUGCAGUUAUAUAAGGAGGGGAACCGUGAGAGGCUUUUUGCUGAAUACACCGCUCUGGCAGGGGAGACUGCGACCUUUCCCAUAUUCAUCAGAGAGUACCAUGAGGGAAACCUGGAGUGUGUGGCCAAAGCCCAGAACAACUCCAAGAUUGAGCCCACGGUCAGCUACACACGCCACCUGAGAGUUGUUGUACCGGUGAAAGGCGCACAGGUUUUUGUCAAUUCUGGUCGCGUGGAGUUCUUUGAGGGGAAGACUUUGGAGCUACACUGUAAACUUAUUGCAGGAAAUCACGUUUCCUACACCUGGCUGCUGAACGGUCAGCCUGUCUCUCAGUCGCCUCAUCACAGAGCUGCAGGAGAACAACUCCUGAUCACCGGAACAACCGCUCAAGACAGCGGGUCGUACAUGUGUGUGGCCACCAACACCUUCAAUGGCACAGAUGUCUUCACCUCCAACAGCUCUGAAGUCCUGAUUACAGUGAAAGACGUGGUGUCCCACCCCGACAUCUCCUUCAGCGUGUUAAAGGAGGAUUCCCACAACUAUUCUGCUGUGGUAACCUGUCAGUCAACGAACGGUACUCUGCCUGUCACCUUUUCACUUUAUAACAGGACUGAACUGGUUGCUAAUACAACCGUUGGCGAAAGAAAUGCAGAAUUUAAGGUCCCCUUGGUCUUGGGCCAACAUUUGGGAUGGCUUCAGUGCCAGGCUAACAAUGGAGACGAGAUCGCAUUCAGUGAAUGGAUUCCUCUGGAAGUUGUCCCCGUUGGAGGGCCUGUGACGAUGCACUACGACACUGACGUUGGAGAAAACUACGCUGUGAUCGGCCUGAGGCUCUACUGCAAGGCUGCAAAGGGAACCCAUCCUCUGUACCAAUGGUUCCUCAAUGAAACCCUCCUACAUGACCGAGGAAGCUUUUACUAUGUGGUGCACCAGCCUCCAGAGCAGUCCGUUCUUCUGCUCUCUGUGGGGACGAGCAGCACUGGGACGUACCACUGUGAGGUGUCUGACAGCUUUGAUAACACCACCGCCAUUAGCAGCACGAGGAGGUAUCUGGAUAAAGAAGUUCUGAAUCGUCUCCCCUUCCUGGUUGUGGCCGUUGUCUUUGGAAGUUUUACAUUUCUGGUUCUCCUGGUCUCUGUUUGUUGUUGGGUUGGAGUAGUGUUCAGGCGAAGGCAGUUUGGUGAGACGUCUAUGGUGAACUUGGAGAUGGUGAGAAUGAAACCUGCAUAUGAAGGAGGGCUGGAUCUGUCAGAUUACGAUGAGGGUGUGGAUUUGAUGAGGGCAGCCAGAGGAGAAGAAUUUGAUCAGGGUUCUGAAGUCUCAGUAGAUGAAUGGCCCCAAAUUGUGAGAGUGAAGAAGACUUUGGAGGAUGAAGCAGUGGAGGAGUCCUGAGGGUUCAAACUUUAAAUAAACAUCUCGUGAUACUCUG